GAUAUAAAUUGGAGGAUUUGACCGGAGAGGAUUGAUUCGGAGCUUAGCAACUCGAAGAGUCGAAGCAAGAUGGGAUGCUCGUUCUCUGGUCUGAGCGCCUUGUAUGAUUCCGCCAACGCCGGUGCCGACGUCUGGAUCAACGAGAACCGCUUCCGGAUCGUGCGGCAGAUCGGCGAGGGCGGUUUCGCCUUCGUCUUCCUCGUCAAGGAGGUCGUCGCCGAAGGCGCCUCUGGUCUCGCCGGAAAGAAGUCCAGCAAUCCCACCCACAUAUCAGAUCAUGGAACGUACGCGAUGAAAAAAGUAAUCAUUCAAACACAGGAACAACUGGAGUUGGUUAAGCAGGAGAUUCGUGUCUCUUCCCAGUUUAGCCAUCCAAAUUUGCUUCCCCUCCUAGAUCAUGCAAUCAUUCCAACUAAGGACAAGCAAGGUGGUUCUCUGAAACAUGAAGCCUACUUGUUGUUCCCAGUUCAUCUUGAUGGAACCUUACUCGAUAUAGUUACAGUUAUGCAAUCAAAAAGGGAAUUCUUUCCGACUCUUGCUGUUCUUCAUAUUUUCAGACAGCUUUGCGCUGGUCUGAAGCACAUGCACAGCUUUGAUCCUCCAUAUGCUCAUAAUGAUGUGAAACCAGGAAAUGUUCUCAUCACUCAAAUUAAGGAACAACCUCCUGUUGCUAUUUUAAUGGAUUUUGGAAGUGCUCGCCCUGCUAGAAAAGAAAUCCGAUCGAGGUCAGAGGCAUUACAGCUACAGGAAUGGGCUACUGAGCACUGUUCGGCACCUUAUCGAGCUCCGGAAUUGUGGGACUGUCCAAGCCAUGCUGAUAUUGAUGAGAGGACAGAUAUUUGGUCUCUUGGAUGUACUUUAUACUCUAUAAUGUAUGGAUCAUCACCUUUUGAGUAUGUGCUAAGUGAAUCAGGAGGCAGCAUACAGUUAGCCAUCAUGAAUGCACAAAUAAAGUGGCCAUCCACGACCAAACCACCAUACCCAGACACUCUUCAUCAGUUUGUAAUAUGGAUGUUGCAACCCCAACCUGCCGUAAGGCCAAAUAUCGACAACAUAAUCAUUCAUGUGGACAAGCUCAUAUCAAAGUAUUCAGCUUAAGAUAAAAGAAAUUGAUUUCUCUAUUGUUCUUUGCAAAUUUGUUCCUAGUUCAUAUAAUGUAUUGGUGAUUGUUGCCUAUGGACUAUGAACAACCAACAUUCAACCUUGUUGCUCCAAAAUAAGUCUCAAUUAUAACUUUGUUUUAUCUUCCAUCAGAGCUGUAAAACACUGUAACUUGAUGACUUGAUACGUAGAUGUAUCCAUCUUAAGUGCCAUUUUACUACCAUAUUAUUUUGAGAUUA